UUGUUGCUAAAUAAUCUCAUUUUGUUUAAAUUAUUAUUUGUUUUGUUUAAUUUUUCCUUUAAAACUUUCAACGAGUCUAUAAUAGUUAAUUUAAUAUAUGACAGACAAUUUAGUUCUCUUCGUCAUCAAGUCACAAGUGAUCGUCCCAAGUGUCUAGCCAUUCAUCACAAUCAAUGCUAUAAAAUUUGUGUAAACUGCAAUGUGGCGCAGGUAGUUAAUUGUUUGUACCGCGUGUGAAAUGUCACAACAUGGAUUCCCUGAGAGACUGUCGAACACUUCAAAGGGGCUCCAGGAAGAUAUGUCAAGCCAGACUAUGGAGGUGUUGGUUGAGACUCUGACUGGCACAGCUUUUGAAAUCACAGUCUCGCCUUCUGACACUAUUUUCGAUAUCAAAUCGAAAAUAUAUAGAGUAGAAGGCAUACCAAUAUCUCAGCAGCACUUAGUUUACAAUCUCAAAGAGUUGGAAGAUGCACGAUCGCUCCGCGAGCAGUCGGUAUGUGAUGGGGCGAAACUCCGGCUCGUGUUGGGGCUUCGCGGAGGGCCGGUCGCCACACGCAGGCUGCCUCCGCCCGAACCGUGGCACGACAUUGAACGAAUGCUUGCUUCUAAAAGCGGGGAAUGCUCCAGCGGCGUAUCCGGGGCGGGCAGCGGGUGCAAGGUGACGGUGGUGGUGUUUCGGGAAGGGGAAAGAGUCAACAUGCUCAGGGUCAGGGAGAACAAGGACGGCACCUAUUCGCAUCUUGACACUGCCAAGUACUCGUCUUCUCUGAGCCACCUGGCCGAGUGCGAGCGCGACGAGAGCCAUUCGACCGGUGGGGAGCUGGUGGCCGACAUGAUGCACGACAACGCCCUCACCAUGACCAAGAUGAUGCAGCUCAGGCACCGCAUGCUCAAGCUCAACGCCUCCAGGCCCUCGCACGUGAAGAGAGACAUCCAGAAGACGAGGAGCGAAGAGUUCCUGUCCGUGGCCAGUCUGCUGGACGACCCCGCGCUGGAGGAAGGCCGGUUCAGGAGGUAUGACUGCUUCUCAGGAUCGGUCCUGCCCUGCAGGACUGACUCCGACCCCAACAUUCCUGACGCUGACGACACGGCUCGCUUGAAGCUGUCCGAGGCCCUGUCGGGCUCCAUCCUCGUGAAGCGGGAGGCGGGCGAGGGGCGGGGGCAGGGGGACGUGGACACGCCCUUGGCGGCUGACAGUUUGCCCGCGCUUCAUGCGGACUAUGGCCCCCUGGUAGUCGGGGAAUCGAGCGGUUGGCGAGCUCGCGGGUUCGGUUCCAGUUCCCAGUUGGCGGGAGGCCUGGCGGGGUCCCUCGCGGGCGGCCCCGUGGCGGGCUCCUCGUCCGCCUUGCACGUGCGCACGCGCAGGUCGGCACGCUCCUCGCCGCCCCUUUCGGACGCGCUCUUCUCGUCUUCCACCUCGGACUUGGAGCAUUUGAAGAGGAAUAGAAUCCUUCCAGCCUUAAGCCGGCACCGCAACCGAGAACACCUGCACCUGAGCGACGACAGACUGGACACGCCCCCCUCUGACUCCCUCGCCCCCUCUCUGGCCCCCCUCAACAAGGAAGUCGGCUCCGAAAGGAGACAGAGGCGCAUCGACAAGAUCACGGAGAUGGAGCAACGCUUCAAGGAGGACAAGGAGGUGUCGCAGGAAAAGGAAAAGAGCCCCGAAGAGAAGAAGAAGAUAAAAAUCCGUUGUGCGUUUUGCAAGAAGCGGCUCAGCAUAGCGACGGUGCACACUUGCCGCUGCGGGGCCGAGCUGUGCGCCCCUCACCGGUACUCCGAGGUCCACGGCUGCGCCUACGACUACAAGGGGCACGCCCUGGACGCGCUGCGGAGGGAGAACCCCCUCGUCAGCGCCCCCAAGCUCCCCAAGAUAUAGACUGACGAGUGCGGAUCGAAGGGCCGAGAGCGUCCAGCCUCCGUUGAAAAAUUAAAUUUUGAGUCGCUCGAAGGGAAUACCGUUCUACCUUUUUCUCCAUCUCUUCUUCUCCGAAAGUCGGCCUAAAUGCUUGUAAAUAGCGAUUUUGUUUUAAAAAUUCUAUAAAUAUCUCUCGGCAGUCCUUCGAGAGCCGACCGUCGAGUCGCAACGUGAAGUGUCUUAUUGCUAAAGGUUACUAAUAUACAAAUAUAUCACCGUUCGUUCGUCCGUACGUCCCCGAGGAGUCUUUCGGCCUACCCUCGGUUCGCGAUUCCCUCGGCCGCGAGAGACUCGCUCGAUUUUAUUUGUAAAGUUGCAGCGAGACGGCACUCGAUGAAUGUGAUAUGACUAAAUUAAGUUUAAAAUGUUAUUAAAAUGCCAUUCGUGUGUUUGUUUUCGUAAUUAAAUAUAAAGAAAAAUAUCAAAAAAAUAUAUAAAUAUGAAUAAAUGCGCCGAACGUCUCGCCGAGGUCUCCGGCUCGAGAUCCCGUCGAGACGUUCCGUCGAUAAAUACUCCGGUGACGACCUUAGUUGAGGUGCUUUGUGUUAGUUAGUACGGUUUCUAUAUUAUUUCCGUUGUAUAUUAUAACGCAUAGAUUAAUGCUUAUUAUUUGUGGUCGGUGUGAUCAUGUACAAUGUUUACUUGCCGCGGGCGAUGUCGAGUGAUGCCUUUCUGUCAAUUGUCAAAUUAGUGUUGACGUUUGUGACGUCUGUCCCGACGUAGACUAUUCACGAAUAGAGUUGCCGGUGUGCCUUUCUUUCAAUGAAAUGUCACAGAUUAAUAUUUCUUCAUUUUCCUUUGAACGCUUUUCAAAUUUGGAAUGUUCGCUUUUUGAAAAAGGAAUCACUCGUGUCGUCUUUUAUUUCUAAUUUGAUUUUUAGAAUGUUAAUUUUUCGUAUGUAUUUUGUGUAAGCGUAUAAAAUUCUCAAUGUUAACACAUUGUAUGUCAUCCAACUCGUAUCGUGUUCUAAACAGUGUUUAACGAAAAUCAUAAGAAUGACUCAUUAUAAAUUUUUGAUAAAUCGUUUCGUCUUUAAGAAAUGAUUGUUUUUUGACUGAAAUGUUAAACUGCCGGACAGAAUAUACCGAUCGUUCGGAGCCGAUACGCCACAUUUUCGUCGUAGACCGUAUUUUUAAGUUUAUAGAUUCAUUUAUUUGGGAGAAUAAUUUUGGCUGAUUUAAAAAUAUAUAAUGCGAAAGCGAA